UUUAUGCAAACUUAUGUUUAAUUUAAGUAUGAAUUAGACAAACUUUUGACAUGCCACUCCAAACACCCCUGGUAGAAAAACAGAAUUGUCAUAUUCAAAAAAAAAAAAAAAAAAAAAAAAAAAACAGAAGUGUCACACGCCAACGUUGAUUUUCACUUUCUUAUGUUUUCUCUGCCCAUGUCUCUCUGUUUUAGCCAGUGUUCUCAUUGACCCAGUUCUCGUUCCCAUGUCCCUGAUGUUGUAAAAAGCCUGGCUAAAAAUACGGUACCAUGACCUUAACAUUGGGAGACUAUGCAUUGUAACUUAAAGAAGAUUUUUCAAUUCAGAAGCGAUCUAUUUCCUUACUUAUUAGCGUAUGCUCAUUGGAUGCUGCAAGUAGUCAAAAUUGCAUAUUUUUGUUGGUAGAGUGUUUGGAUAUGUGCCAUGAAUAAAUAGAUUUGAUUUCAUUUAGAAUGUGGUGAUUCAAGAAAGAGAAUUUCCAGUAAUGGGUAGUAAGGCUAUGUUUAAAUGGUCGAAACAAAUCACACCUUCCCUAGUUGAGCAGUUGAUACGAGCUGAAAGGGAUGUACAGAAAGCUGUUCUGAUAUUUGAUUCAGCAACAGCUGAGUAUGCUAAUGGGUUUCAGCAUGAUCAUAAUACCUUUGGUCUAAUGAUUUCCAAAUUAGUCUCCUCAAACCAGUUUAGGUCGGCAGAGGAGCUCCUAAAUAGAAUGAAGGAGGAAAAGUGUAAUAUUACGGAAGACAUAUUCUUGUCAAUCUGCAGAGCCUAUGGUCGUGUUCACAGGCCACUGGAUGCUGUUAGGGUCUUCCACAAGAUGGAUGACUUUCAGUGCAAACCAACCGAAAAAUCUUACAUUACGGUAUUUGCCAUUCUUGUUGAAGAAAACCAGUUAAAGAUAGCUCUAAGGUUUUAUAGGCAUAUGAGAGAAAUAGGCAUUCCACCUAGUGUUGCUUCUCUUAAUGUUUUGAUUAAAGCCCUUUGCAAGAAUAGUGGGACAAUGGAUUCUGCUCUUCGGAUAUUUCGUGAGAUGCCUAAUCGUGGGUGUACUCCAGAUUCGUAUACAUUUGGUACUCUGAUUAAUGGGUUAUGUAGAUUUGGGAAGAUUGGUGAAGCAAAGGAGCUAUUCAAAGAAAUGGAGACAAAAGGUUGUUUGCCUAGUGUUGUGACCUACACUUCUUUGAUACAUGGUUUGUGUCAGUCCAAUGAUUUGGAUGAAGCUAUUGGAUUACUCGAAGAGAUGACGGGUAAAGGUAUUGACCCAAAUGUGUUUACCUAUAGUGCUUUAAUGGAUGGUUUUUGCAAGGGUGGGCGUUCUUCACAGGCCAUGGAGCUAUUGGAGAUGAUGAUAAGCAAACGCCAAAGGCCCAACAUGAUAACUUAUAGUACUUUAAUUCAUGGACUCUGUAAAGAAGGAAAGCUUGGAGAAGCUUUGGAGAUUCUUGACAGGAUGAAGCUUCAAGGAUUGAAACCAGAUGCAGGAUUGUACAUGAAGAUUAUUAAUGGCUUCUGUGAUGUUUUUAAGUUCCAGGAAGCUGCAAACUUCCUUGAUGAGAUGGUCCUUGGUGGAAUCUCACCAAACCGAUUGACAUGGAGCCUUCAUGUUAGGAUAUAUAAUAUGGUGGUACAAGGCCUUUGUACCAAUGGUGAUCCGAACCGGGCUUUUCAGUUGUACCUUAGUAUGCGGAGUAGGGGUAUCUCAAUCAAUACUGGAACGUUUGAUUCUCUGGUAGAGUGUUUCUGUAAGAGAGGAGACCUGCACAAGGCUGCUCGCAUUGUUGAUGAAAUGGUGAUUGAUGGAUGUGUUCCAGCUGAAGGGACAUGGAAUGCAGUGGUUGGUGGAUUUUGGGAUCGAAGGAAGGUGCGGGAAGCUACUGAGUUGUUGCAGGUUGAGCUGAUGAGUAAAUUUGUUGAGCCAGAAUGAUAGAUCUGAAAUUUAUGAGUUAAGAAUCAUCUUGUCAAUUCAAAUGGAGCAGAAUGUAAUAAUGUUGUGACCCGAUGAAUCCAGAGUCUGUAGACUUUUAAAAGGCCAGGUUGAUACCAAAAAGAGAUUUUUUGUUCAUUUGCAGAGAGUGGGAAGCCAAUUCCAUUGCGGUUGGCAAGAAAUAUAAUAAACAGCAUACUGCAAAUGACACCAGUUCCAACUGGCAAUCUUAUAUUAAUCUCUGGGGUCUCAUCUGAUAGUGUUGGGAAGAAGCAACUUACGACAUUCUUAUCAAAGGGCGCAACUGCUACAAAUACCAAUAUUGAAAUGAAAGCAUGCAUGAAAUCUAUGAAUUGUAGCUAGUACUCUGCAGCAACUUCAGGUGAAAGGGUGGCUCAACACUGGGUGGUGGCAAACCCAUAGUUUCCCUUUUUGUCGCUGAAGCUGUCAGUGAAGCUUAGUAGGAAACAUGUCACC